AAUGCAGGGACAUCAUAAAUUUCAGUUAAUACAGCAUGCAUAUAUAACAGUUUGACUCUAGAAGCAACUUUUACGUAAAUUAAAGCACACAGCAACAACACAAAAACAUUACUGAACGUUUGAAAAUAUAUGGUAGUUGUUUCGCACAGACUUAAUCAUUUACCGUUUAAAUCUCCAAUCUUGAACACACCAAAAAUAAGAGUAAGCACUACUGAUGAUUUUAAUAUUAAUAUUUAUAUUGAGGACGUUACGUUAUUAUAUUGACAGCUGCGUCCUGAGCCAGGUAUUUUUGCAACUGAGCGCCGGGAUGGGGGAGGAAAAACUGCAUGUAAAUCAAAAUACUGAAAUCAAUGGAACUUACUUUCGAGUAAACAUGCACAGCGAGUUUAACAACGAAAUUUUAGACGGCACUCCCACGCUCAGCAGCCACAGGUAUCUAGAGAUAUUACCAAACAGAAAUGUAGCUACUUCGCCUUGAAAGCACCUGGUUGGCCACGGACAUAAAAGCACUGCAUCGCAGGGACCGCUCCUCCAUGGCUCGCGCGAUAUUCACUGGUCUCCUCCUUUUCCUCCCUGUCUUAAUGGGAUCCACCUUUCUUUUCCUUUUUCCCGUUUUUAAAUAAAUAGAGCGACCUUUUAUUUCUACGCUGUGUAGGAAACAGGAACCCCCAAUGAAGUCCCGCCCAAGAUUUCUUGACUUGGAAGCGAGACGAGCGACACCCAAGGCGCCGGCGUCCCCCCCGAGUGCGCAGUCUCUCGCGCAGGCGCGCUGCUCGCCAGCCAGCCCUUGCCUGGAGGGCUGCAGCGUCCCUCCUUCCUCACCGGCGAGCGCUCCUUGGCAGCCGCGGCGGGAGCGAGCGAGCGAGGGAGCGAGCGGCGCUUCUGAACGGCGGCAGGGCGGACGCCGCCUGAAAGGGCGGGAAGGAGGCAGCCUCGGUUUUCCUGGCUGCCCUUCUUGCUUGCUUGCUUGCUUCCCUCCCUUCUCUCCCCCCCCUCCAUUCGCCGCUCCUCCUCCUCCUCCUCUCGUCUCUACCGGUGGAGGCGGCGCACCGUGUGAGAAAGACGAGGAGACCUGCUUGGGUGGGUUUUCCUCCCCCCUCCCACCUGCUCCGCUGCCAUGGCCGGGUCUGAGCAGGAGGGCGGCGGGACCGGCGAGUCGCCGUUGCCCAUCGAGGACUCCGAGUUGGCGCUGGCCGGCAUCAACAUGCUGCUCAACAACGGCUUCCGGGAGUCCGACCAGCUCUUCAGGAAAUACAGAAACCAUAGUCCUUUAAUGAGUUUUGGAGCCAGCUUUGUCAGUUUUUUGAAUGCCAUGAUGACCUUUGAAGAAGAAAAAAUGCAGUUGGCAUGUGACGACUUAAGAGCUACCGAAAAACUGUGUGAGAGUGAAGAAGCAGGGGUUAUCGAAACAAUAAAAAAUAAAAUUAAGAAGAAUGUUGAUGGACGAAAGGCCGCCCCAUCCAUGAUUGAUCGAUUGCAGAGACAGAUCAUUGUAGCAGAUUGUCAAGUUUACCUUGCUGUGCUCUCGUUUGUAAAACAAGAGUUGUCAGCUUAUAUAAAAGGUGGGUGGAUCCUUAGAAAAGCUUGGAAAAUCUACAAUAAGUGCUAUACAGACAUUAAUACACUUCAGGAAUUGUAUCAGAAGAAGAUCACUCAGGAAUCCUUGACUUCUGAUGCUGCAAACGAUAAUCAUAUUACUGCAGAAGGUGUAACGGAGGAGUCGCUAAACAGACUGAAAGGUGCUGUUAGCUUUGGAUACGGACUUUUUCAUCUUUGCAUAUCCAUGGUGCCCCCAAACCUGCUCAAAAUCAUCAACUUGCUGGGUUUUCCUGGAGACCGCCUGCAGGGGCUUUCUUCACUGAUGUAUGCAAGUGAAAGUAAGGACAUGAAGGCCCCUUUAGCUACAUUGGCUUUGCUGUGGUACCAUACUGUGGUUCGUCCUUUUUUUGCUUUGGAUGGCAGUGAUACAAAAGCAGGAUUGCAAGAGGCUAAAGAGAUUCUUCAAAGAAAGGAAUCUGCUUAUCCAAACUCAUCUCUUUUUAUGUUCUUUAAGGGAAGAAUUCAGCGUUUAGAGUGUCAAAUCAACAGUGCCUUGACAUCCUUUCAUACUGCUUUGGAACUUGCCACUGAUCAGAGAGAGAUUCAACAUGUCUGCCUGUAUGAAAUUGGAUGGUGUAGCAUGAUUGAAAUGAACUUCAAGGAUGCAUUUGAGUCUUUUGAGCGUCUUAAAAAUGAAUCAAGAUGGUCUCAGUGCUACUAUGCUUAUUUAACAGCAGUGUGUCAAGGAGCUACUGGUGAUGUGAAUGGUGCACAGAUUGUUUUCAAGGAAGUUCAGAAGCUCUUUAAAAGAAAAAACAAUCAAAUUGAACAGUUUUCUGUCAAAAAGGCAGAUAGAUUCAGGAAGCAAAAACCAACUAAACAGCUCUGCGUUUUGGCCUCCAUUGAAGUAUUGUAUUUAUGGAAGGCUCUUCCAAACUGUUCGUUUACAAACCUACAGCACAUGAGUCAAGCCUGCCAAGAAGUUGAUGAUUCUACUGCUGUUGGUUUGAAGAAUUUGUUGCUUGGUGCCAUACAUAAAUGCUUAGGAAAUUCAGAAGAUGCUAUUCAGUUCUUUCAGAGAGCCCUUAAAGAUGAACUAUGUCGCCAAAACAACUUGUAUAUUCAGCCAUACGCUUGCUAUGAACUUGGCUGCCUUUUACUAGAAAACCCACAGACUGUUCCAAGAGGGAAGACUUUAUUGCUUCAAGCAAAGGAAGAAUUCACAGGGUAUGACUUUGAAAAUAGAUUGCAUGUCCGCAUACAUGCAGCAUUAGCCUCUCUGAGAGAAGUGGUCCCUCAGUGAUCGGCAGGAUGCUUCAGCUCUUCACUUCUUACCGUGGACAAAGCUGUUAGAAAGACCGGCUUUUCUCCUGAAAAAACUAUCUGGGCCUGAGAUCAUUUCUGCAAUAUGUAGAACUGGUGAAAGAAAAGUUCCCAUCUCAACAGUUAAGGACAAAAUUAGACAAAAAGGUUAAGUAACCUUGGGCUCAAUCCAGUAGUAACUGUUCCCAUGCAAACCCUAUUUAAAUAAGUAGGGCUAGAGGUUCCAUGUCUGUAAUUCAGUGGGUUUGUGCUGGACAACUGACCUGAGCAUUGACAGCAUUGUAUUCCAGUGCUUUUAGGAUAUUUUAUUUUUAAAAUUUGGGUUUGUUUUUGCCAAGCUGAACAUACUAAGCCUGUGACUGUACAAAUGAGCCUACAAUAAGCACACUUUGGUUUCUUGAAACAAGAUUGGCUCAGUUACUACAAGUAGAGUCCCCUCCAGUUCUGAAUAGAUUCAUUUUUUCCUUUUGUAUUAAAGUAAACCAUUUGUUCGUUGAAAUGGUACUAUGUAAUUGUUUCAAACUGUAUAUCGACAGGAAAGGAUAUCAUUUUUGUUUAAAUGCCACCAGAAGUAGAGCAGGGAAGAAACAAGCUCAGUAUACUCAUAGCACAACAGACCCAUUUAUUUAUUUAAUUUUUUCUUAAUUGUUCAAGUAUGUGUGAACAACAAAACCUGAAUACAUAUUCAUGUUAAAUUGUGAGUAUACUUAGAGAUGUUCUAUUUUUCAGCCAAACAUUUAUUUUUUAAUUCCUUAAUUACUGUUUUAAGCACCUUUAUACCUGUUUUAAAUGGUACUGUAGCCUGCUGGCCUUGUUAUUGCAAGUCUUUAUAAAUUAUCAGUCAUACUACUGAUGUCUACAAUAAGUGGGACAAGACUUGCCAAGUAGUUUUUAAUUUUAUCUUUCUUCUGAGUUUAGAACUUUUAAAAUAGCAGAAUAAUGAAGAAUUCACUUUUUCGUACGUUUAAAAUUAUCACACUUUAAUUCAGUGUGUAUUUUUAAAAACAGGCAUGUGUUGUUUUCUUUUUAAAGAACAGCAAGAAACAUAAUUUUUGGAGUAGCGGUCUUUCCUAAAUGCUCGACAGUUGUAUAAUUUUGUGGAGCAAAGAUAGUGCACUUUUUCUUUUAAAAUUGAAAAGCCUUACCGUACUUUCAUUCUUUCUAUCAUUCUUCUCUGUACUUUGAUUCUGGCAUGCUUAGCCAAAUCUUGUUUGCACUUCACCUGAACUUGCUGGCUGCAGGGUGUCUAUAGCACAUGGAGAGUGGAAAUCCAUUGGUUCCAACUGCAAGUUGACUAGGUUCCCACUAAAUCUGUGAAGCUGAGUGCAAGCAGGGGUUUCCCCCCCUCACCUCUCUAUCCAGUGCUGCUUUGGAUGGUGCAGCACAUAUGGUGUGAAUCAGUCCACUUCAGGAGAUUGCCACACACCCAAACUGGAAUUGCCAAGUACAUUCCAAAGCUGCUGGAAUAGACUGUCUCCCUUUGCUCUCUGGAUACUCCGUUGCCCUUGAACCUCUGUUUGAAAUAAAAUAAAAAAUAAAAUCUUAGGUAAUAUAAUGCUGCUUCAAUUUUAUAAUAGCACUGUAAUCUGUGAAUACAUUUCUUCAGGCUUCAUUUUCUUGCUUUGAUUGGAGUCUGUUUUAAAUUGACAGUUUCUUGCUUUUUCUUGCAGUUUAUAGACUUUGGUCUUUGGCUCUUGUGCUGUCAUACAUAUGAAAAUAUUGAAUGGGUUUGUGUGUGUCUUAAAAUGGAAGAAUUCAUAGUUUUACAAAUCCAGAGUUUUAUCACAAUCACCUGUAAUACAUUGUCACAUUGUUCAAAGCAGGAGUUGUAAAAAAAAGAACAGGGCAGGAAGCCAAGAACAGGAGUAGUGUUAGAGCUUUCCAGCAGGCCACACAGAACAUCUGUGGGCAUAGAUUAUAGCAGCAGCACCCUUGUGCAUGUAUAUUUUUGGGAUACAAGGGACUUCGGGGGAUAGAAAACAUGAACAUUUUCCUGCAUCUGGAAAAAAUACCAAAACUUAGCAGAAGAGAAUACUUGGACAAGGAGAGGAUGGAAAUGCUAUGUACCUGUAUGUAAGUAGUUUUGAUCCUAAACUGUGAUUCAUUAAGUAGAAAUAAUAUCCUUGAAUUCAUUUUCUGUUACAGUUCCUUCUUGCUCCAAGUGAUUUUCUCUACUUGCAUUUUUUCUUCAGAUAUGUACCACAGAUGUCAAACCAGAUGGGCAUUAUACAGUGGUACCUCAACUUACGAACAUCUCCACUUGCGAACGAUUCAAGUUACGAGCGGCACUGUUCGCAAAAAGUUGCUUCGACUUGCGAACAGAGCCUCGACUUACGAACCAAAAACCCCCGAAAAACCCCUUUCCUAUACUUUUUUUGACCUAAGUUCAUCUUAGGUCAAAAGAAGAAAAUUUUUUUAAAAAAA